AUGUGUCCUGGUGUAGUUGAGCCAUGGCCAUUGAGAUCACCAUCGAGUUCAAGCUUGAUGCUUGAUAGUGACACUGUACUACCAAUCCCAGAACCUGUAACUAUGUGUGGCUGGCAGGAUCUUCAUCAGCAACGAGCAGCAGUUCAAUCGGAAUCGGAUGAUGGACACGUACCUGGUACACUGCUCACCCCGUAUCCGUAUCCAGCACCAGUUGGAUACAUUACCCCGCUAGUUUGCCAACCGUCGACUCCCGACCCACUUAUCAUCCCGAGGUCUCCGAGUAUUGCCUCACUAUAUCGCCGAUCGCCAACUCCCGACUGCUCUUUCAUCCCAAGGCCUCCAAGUAUUACCCCACCACGUCACCGAUCGCCAACCCCUGAUUCCCCUUUCACAAGCUCGAUGCUUGAUAGUGACUCUCUAACAAUCCCAGAAUUUGUACCUCCUGGCUGUGUGUAUCCAGGAAUUAGGCACAUUGCCCCACUAUAUCACCAACCGUCAACCCCCAACUCCCCUUUCAUCCCAAGGCCUAUGCAAAAUCCAUGGGGCGACCUACUUCCCGAAUUACAGUCGCCAGUUUACCAACCUCAAUUGAUUUCACACAAGCACUAUGAGGAAGGAGAGGACCAUUUUGUUCGUCGGUGGCAAAAAUGGGAUGAGUACAUCAAGCUGUGGGUACCAGAUUGGUACAGGUCGCCUUCGCCUAGAGGCAUUCCAAGAAUCGAUGACUAUUUCUAUUUCUAUCUCAACGUUCGCUCCAUGAACCAGGGAGGCAACUCAGGGAAGAAGUCACUUGUUUUUAGCGACUUCAGUUCGAUUUUAGAUUCUUUUCUUCGUACUAUAUUUGUUGACGCCGACUACGACAAACCUCUCGAGUACCCUAUUCAUCGACUGUCCCAAAAGGCGAAGAUACUUCGGUCCAGAUUGGACGAUGCACGCACCCUCUUGGGUGCAGAACAACUUCCAGAAGACCUAGCAGCCAAGGCCAAGGCUUUCGGCUUCAAUGCGUCUACUGGACGCGAAGUGGCCGCUGAGUUCGUUGAUGUUCUUGUGAUACAUUUAGAGAAACUGUUGGAGGUCGUGGAAGCAGAAAGCAAGCAGCCGGCCAAGCAACUCGAAGAAUUGUUGUCUAACAAUCAGAUUUCCUUCGACCUUCUUGAGUAUUACUAUGAGGAAGGAAAGCGUUACAUCUAUAAUUCUGGGCUUUUACAGAAUGGUUUAGAUGUCGAGAGGCCUAUUAUCUUGGUAGUUUUGAAGAGUGCUCGCUUCCUCGAUGAUAGAAAGGCGUUGGUCGUCGAGUUGGAGCAUCCUGAGUGGGAUGGCGUUCGUUUCGAGAAGCGCACCAUGGCAUUUGACCUUUUUGCAUUCGAGGGAACUCAAGCCAUCUCGUCCCUGUUUCUCCAACCCGUCACAGACGAAGCCCUUGCCAAAGUGACUGAGCGCGGAAAACUCUAUCUUUCUUACAGCAAAGUUUGUUGCGCAGAAUAUUAUGACGACACACCAAUACGAUCGGUUUUCAGUGGUAACUCGAAACCACGGAUGAGGAGGGUGAUGAUCGACCCAGUUGGAUACCACCGUGCCUUGCAAGGCUACAACCCACAUCUACGUGUUCCACUUCCCGACAAUGCGAGGGAGCAUAUCGCGUGCCUUCCAUACUGGAUUGGUGGAUAUGAUCUUGAAGUGAAUCAAUGGCGAACGUUCAAUGUCUGGGACUUGAAGCCAGUCGAAUAUGAUCAAGGGGCAUGGAGCAAGUUGAUCAUGGACGAAGAUACCAAGGAUCUUAUAAGAGCACUAGUGGAUAAUUCUGGCUGCUCUGUAGGCGGUUUAAAACCAGCACAGUUCAACAAAGGACAGACAGUACUUCUUAAGGGACCACCAGGAACUGGCAGAAUGACAACUGUUCUUGCUGUCUGCAAUCUCCUCAAGAGACCUCUGCUUACUAUCACUAUCACUGCUGACUCAUUAUACAACAUUACAAAUCUAGUGUCAGAUAUUGCUCUGCGCGUGUCGUUUGCAGCUACUUGGAAUGCGGUGAUUGUGGUGAAAGACGCCGAUCGUUUCUUGGAGUCGCAAGGUUUAAGACAUAGGGAUCACGUCAACACUAUUCUCCGUCAAUUUGAGUCAGAUGAUUGUAUCUCCUUCUGGGUAUCAAGUACCUGCAACGAAGAACUCCUGACGCGAUUUUCGGCUGUUGUCAAUUUCCCUGAACUGGAUGCUGCAGCUCGACGUCGUCUUUGGCUCAACCACUUCGGCUUGAAUGAUCCCGCUGCAAUUAUGUGGAACAGCGAGCGCACACUCAUAGGCUCCUCUAUCGCGGAUCAAAAGGAGAUGGAUCAUUCAUUACUUCUUCGCGAUAUCGAGAAACUCUCACGGCAUCAGUUGGAUGGGAGGAUGAUUGACAAUAUUGUGCGGUCCGCACGAGCGCUAGCUGCCUCGAACGGGGAUCAUCUAUCCAUUCACCACAUCAAAGUGGUCAUGAAAGCACAGCGAUUGGAUAAUCUUCCUUUGUGGCGGAAGCUGACCAGAAUUUUGACACGUCCAGCAAAGGUUCUUCGCACGAGUGUGGUAGAUUAG